AUUAUGCUUAUAAAUUAAUAAACUGUUGCAAAAGGAAAUUAGUGAUAUAUAUUUUAUGAAAUUACUGAAUCUAGUAAUAUUAAUGUCGAGUGAUCAAGAAAAUAAAUAAAAAACAGAGUGAAACUUAAUGUAAGGUAGGAGGGUGAAAAGACAACUUUUGUGUCUCCAAACAAGUAACUAUUUGAGCUGAUAUUUUGAAAACAUUCAAGGGGGUUUUCAAUUGAAAACAACCCCCUUUAAAAAAAACAGUAAAGUUUCCCCCUUAAAUAAUCCGAUGGUGCGUAACAAAACCCAAUCAUCUUCAUCGUCUUCAUCAUCGGGCAAUGCCAGUAAUAGUAGCAGCACCAAAUCACCCAUACGACAAAAUACUCAUCGUAAAUCGUCCAGUACUUGUAGUGUAGCUUUAAUAGAUGAUGUCAAACCCUCCACAUCCUCUGCCCGUCGUUCAACCAACUCAUCGCCAGAUGAUGACACUGAUGAUUAUGACACUACACCCGUAACCCAAAGAUCAGCCUUUGGUUCGGUACAUAAACAAAACCUCUACGUUGUUUCAUUUCCCAUUAUAUUCCUCUUCAACAUACUACGUACGCUAAUCUAUCAGCUGUUUUGUAUAUUUCGUUAUUUGUACGGAACCAGCACCAAAGUCAUUUAUCGUCCACACAAACGCGAAUGUAAUAUAGAAAUUGUUGUUGGUUCUUCCUCAUCAUCGGGUACAACACAAAAUUCUACUCUAACAACUGUAACAUCGAAGGAUAGACAUCAGCAGCUUGAGCAGGCGCACAACUCUACUUCGACUGCAAUUGCUCCAUAUCCACUUAUUGGUUCUCAGCGCAUACGUCCACAACAGCAAUUAGAAAUGUUUAACAGAAAUAAUGCCAUAGCAUCAGGACCCGGUCCCGGCGAUCCACUGCUGGCCAAACAAAAGCAUCAUCAUCGUCGGGCUUUUGAAUAUAUUUCAAAGGCCUUGAAAAUUGAUGAAGAAAAUGAAGGUCAUAAGGAACUUGCAAUCGAAUUGUAUCGUAAAGGAAUUAAAGAAUUGGAAGAUGGCAUUGCUGUUGACUGCUGGAGUGGCCGGGGCGAAGUUUGGGAACGUGCCCAACGUUUACAUGACAAAAUGCAAACAAAUCUCUCUAUGGCAAGAGAUCGUUUACAUUUUCUAGAGUUGCGUGACGAACAAUUACGUUUGGAACAACUUCAUCUAAAAGAAGAGAAAGAGCAAAAGGCAAAGCCAAGUGGAAAUCGGUCCAAUUUAAAAUAUAGAAAAUCUACUAUACCUUCUUCGUCUUCAGCAAAGACACCAUCGGCGUCAAAUAUACAAAUUGUGCAACCCAUGCAAUUAGAUUCUAAUAGUAGUCCAACUACAAUACCAAUGGUUCGUACAAAUAAUACCACUAAGUUACGCAGCAUAGCUGCACAUAAUAUAAGAAAUAAUUAUACAAAUACAACUGCUACCUCCUCACCUAGUACAGCUUCGGGUCGCAAACUUACUGUUAGCUCUAAACGUCCCGGCAAUUUGGCAGUUGCAAAUAAAUCCCAGACAUUACCACGUAAUCUGGGAUCGAAAAAUACUAUUGCUGGUGUACCACGUCAACCCAUUAAAACUGCAGCAACGCCUCCCGCUGUUCGUAGGCAAUUUUCGUCCGGACGUAAUACACCUCCACAACGUUCACGUACUCCUAUCAGCGGUAUUGGCAGCGGACAAUCAAAUAGUGGAUCCAAUACUCCCAGUGUUAGUGUGAAAGGUGUUGAACAGAAAUUAGUUCAAAUAAUACUCGAUGAAAUUGUCGAGGGUGGCGCAAAAGUGGAAUGGAGUGAUAUAGCUGGUCAAGAGGUAGCCAAACAGGCAUUACAAGAAAUGGUUAUACUACCAGCCGUAAGGCCAGAGUUAUUUACAGGUUUGCGUGCUCCUGCUAAAGGUCUUUUACUUUUCGGUCCGCCAGGAAAUGGCAAAACUUUACUUGCACGCGCAGUAGCUACCGAAUGUAGUGCUACAUUCCUAAACAUUUCGGCAGCUUCCCUAACUAGCAAAUACGUGGGUGAUGGUGAGAAAUUAGUGAGAGCCCUAUUUGCGGUGGCCAGAGAAAUGCAACCCUCUAUAAUAUUUAUCGAUGAAGUCGAUUCUUUACUCUCCGAACGCAGCAGUAAUGAACAUGAGGCUUCUAGACGUUUAAAAACGGAAUUUCUUGUCGAAUUUGAUGGGCUACCAGGUAAUCCCGAUGGUGAUCGUAUUGUGGUUUUAGCAGCCACUAAUCGUCCUCAGGAAUUGGAUGAGGCUGCCCUAAGACGUUUCACAAAACGUGUAUAUGUGGCAUUGCCCGAUAUAGAGACUCGAGAAUUGUUAUUACGUCGUUUAUUACAAAAACAAGGCAGUCCACUUGAUACGGAUGCCCUGAAACGUCUGGCUAAGCUUACCGAAGGCUAUUCCGGUUCAGAUUUAACAGCUUUGGCUAAAGAUGCAGCCCUGGAGCCAAUACGCGAAUUGGAUGUUGAGCAGGUUAAAUGUUUGGACAUAAGUGCUAUGCGUCCCAUAACGGAAAAUGAUUUUCAUAAUUCCCUAAAACGAAUACGUCGUUCAGUGGCUCCACAGAGUUUAACAUCUUAUGAAAAAUGGUCUCAAGAAUAUGGUGAUAUUACCAUAUAAAGUAGAAAACUUUAUUUGGCCACUCACAUCGAUACCGACACACACACACACAUCACUUAAAUACCCUACACUAAUACAUACACAAACAACAUGAAAUACUCCACCACUAUAAACUACACGUUUUUAGGAUAUUUAAAUGCAUAUGUUCAAUAACUAUAUGAUUUUAUUCCUUACAUUUAUCUAAUCUAUCACCACUACAGCAAAAUCCGUACAUAGUUCUAAACCUACCCCAAAAUGCAUAAAACAUCCUGCUCAUAUUUAAUUUCGACAAGCACAAAGAGAGCGAGUGAUAUUGUAUGGCAGUUGCAUUCUAAGGAGUUUAUUUAUAUGUGAGUGUAUCCCAAUUUUUUUAUAUUUUAUUCUUUAUAUAAUUUAGUUUUAUUUUUAAUUUUGUUGUCUCUUCGUUUUUCUGUAAAAAAAACUCAUCAUUGAUUUCAAUAGUCUUAUUAAAUUUUCUUAUCUUAUUAAA